AUGUCACUAGCAGCGGCAUCGUCGUCGACUGCAACGCCCCCGGGCGUUCGCACUUCUCUAGAAUAUGCCGUCAAGGACUUUCAGAGCAUCUUAACAGAUCAACAACGAAGCAAGCUCAAUCAAAUCGGUACCAUCCGAGAUGCUGAAACAGUCAUAACCUUCACUGCUCAGCUGGAUAUGGCGAACCAGCUGAGGAAGGGCCGCGGUGUUGCCAGUCGUCUCCACCCUGUUCUCGAAUCUGUCCAAGCAUUCUCCACCGUCGUCGGAACAUUCGUCUCGUCCCACCCGGAGAUUGCUGCGUUGGUUUGGGGAAGCGUGAAGCUCGCCAUGCUUGUGGGUGAUCUGUGA